ACCCCAGUGCCCUCUUGUUUUCUUUCACAAGCCACUCUUCCCUCCAUUUCAUAGCUCGAGUAAACAUGCACCCUGCUGAGAUUGCUAGUGUUCAAUACUUAUCUCCUGCAAGUGCAGCCUCUUUCAAACCUCAUUACCAUGUAGCUACAAAUGACUUCCUCUUCCAGUAUAACAACCUUCUGGUGCCUCACCCUGCAUCCUACCAAGAUGUUGCCCACCUGGUUCAUGAAGCAAGUUUCCCAGUUGGCAAUAGAUCCAAUUCAGACGAAUCAGACGACUAUCAGCGCAGCCUUGCAGAAGAGCGCAGGAAGAGAAGGAUGAUAUCCAAUAGGGAGUCUGCACGACGAUCACGUAUGAGAAAGCAGAAGCAGUUGAGUGAGCUCUGGGCUCAGGUUGUCCACCUCCGCACCACCAACCGUCAACUCCUUGAUCAGCUGAACCAUGUCAUAAGAGAUUGUGAUCGUGUUCUCCAUGAAAACUCCCAGCUGAGAGAUGAACAAACCAAGUUGCAGAAGCAGCUUGAGAAGCGCCCUGUAGAGACCACAGAGAGUAGCGACAUGUGUCCUGACUCUUGAACUAUCCAGGAUUACAAGUACUAGAUGCGAUGAUAUGAGGCUUAAAUUAAGAGGUUUCCUUCAUUUUAUACUAUGGCUUUCAUUUUUCUAUGUUUGCUCUAUGUUGGAUAUCAAUAUUAGUAUGUAGCAGUCAAGUGGUGAUGGAUAAGUUAUCCAGUUUCCCUCGUCAUAUUCUGUUAGAUAUCACAAAAGUAAGGAUAAAGUA